AUACACCUUGGUCGUUGUUGGUGAAGCCAGGUGUGUUGUAGUAUCAUUUUGGCAGAUUGCGCGUCGGACACACCCAUUUGGUCAAUGUACAGCAGCAGACACCACCACGGGCGAUAUGGCCAAGUGCUAGAGGCGUUUGCGCCCGCUGUGACGCCGUACAUUGAGUCGCAGUUGGCCCACGUUGGUCGGGUUCGUGUUGACGAACAGUUGCGUCGAGGGGUGCACAAGAUCAACUCCAUCACGAUGACGAAGAACGUCAUGACGUCGCAUAUUCAAGUGGACGAUACGCUGUGGAUGCAGGGCAGCGUCGAAAUGUAUGGCAAAGUGCUGGACGUCCAUCGUUUUCUGCUGGGACACAACGAGGACAUGCAUGCGAUGCGAUCGCUCUUUGGAGAGGUCUUCCUCGAUGGGUACGUGCUCCGGUCGCUGGCCAGUGGAGGGCCCCACGAGCGCAUGCGCGUGACAUGGAUGGCGCUGCAAGCUCCGCACACGUCGUUCAAUGAUCGAGACUACGUAUUCCUUCAAUACGCCGACGUGUAUGUACGUGAUCACGACCAACUGCGCCAGGAGACACAGACCACGCCAGCCAAUCCAGCACUCCUCACAGCGUGCCACGUAUGGGAGAGCGUGGAUUUAGACGGCGUUCCUCCCCUCGAUUCCUUGGGCUUGACCCGACAACGGAUUUCCAGCUGGGGCUUCUUGGUGGAAGCCAUCGAUAAUGGCCGAGUUCGGGUGACAAUGACUGUCAACCAACCCAAAGCCUCCGCCCCGCAUCGAUCGUGGAUGGACAAACUCGUCGUGGCCCUUCACCGCUUGGAGGGACUCUUGUACGACCACUUCGACAACGGUCCGUGCUGCCAUGCAUGCACCAAGACGUUUACGCUCCUGCGGCGCCGCCUUCAGUGCAAGCAGUGCAAAAUGUCCUACUGCUCCAAAUGUGCGGCCCCUGGCGGGGACUUGGUCGUGAUAUGUCGCGGGUGUGCGUCCCGCGCCGACAACAAUCAUCAUGUGUCUAGUACUCCGAUAUUAUUGCAGCGCUCGUCGUCCACACCUUCGACCAAGUCGGCUUCCCGCAACUUGUCGUUACCUCUCAAACCGUCCAGCUCCAUGUCGUCUGACACUACAGCUUGCAUGCCAUGAAAACGACACAUUUGUAAUCAAAAACGAUUGGACUACUCCAGUACUUACUAUGCAUGGCUAACGAUGGAUCGGUGACUGCGAUUCACUGUAACGAUACUAAUGGUAUACAAGUCCUUUGAGGU